AUGAUGAGCAAGAAGAUAUUCGUUGCAUUAGCCGCGGUGCUGGCUAUUGUUUGUCUGGCUGAAGCUAGGGAGGAUGGCCCUCACGACAUGGCUGAUGCACUUCGCAUGCUGCAAGAACUCGACCGCUACUACACCCAAGCUGCUAGACCGAGGAUUGACCGCCGCGACGUUGCGGAUGGGGACCGCGUCGACCCAGACUUGUUAGAUCGUGCGGUGCGGCUCCUUCAGCUGCAGAAUCUUGACCGCAUUUACUCCUACCACACCCGACCAAGGUUUGGUAAGCGCUCGGACGCGUACACGAACUGGGCCAAGGAUUCGGAAAGGCCAGACUUACCAACGUGGUUGUCUUAUGCCAGGAGGAGAUGA